GCAAAGAGGAGCCGCCGGAACGUAACAUUGCGCCUUUUUUCAUGGAGUAAAGGACUUUCCCCCUCGCGGAAUAAUCCAGCAUUUGCAGCGGAAAACCUGCAGGAAGUUCCACGUAAAUGGAAUAGAGGCUGCGGGACUUGCACGGCUUGGAUGUGUUGGCGUUGGUGGAUGUAAUGCGCACAUUCUCCGCGGGACGCUGACCGGCCGAUGGGGGAAAGAUGGACACCUCUUCAGAACUCGAAGAUGGGACUCGCCACAAGAAUCAGACGUUCUGCGAGUGCGUCCCCGGCUCCUCGCAGCUCAAACAUCGCUGGUCCGACGCGGAAAGUGCCCGGGAGACGCCGGCCAAGAGGAUGAGCUGCAGCUACCUUCUGUGCACCAUCCUUCUCUUUGUGGCCGUCCUGCUGGCCGUCACGGUGACGGGCACCAUCCUCUUCAUGAACCACAACCGGGCGCCGCCCAUGUCGGAUGGGGUGCCGCACAUCUCCACCAACCAGGACGAGGCUAACGCCUUGGUGACGGUGGAGCGCGGCGAUGGUUCCCGCGUCAACAUCUUCAUUGACCCCAACUGCCCAGACUACAGCGGCAAUUUUUUGCGACUGGAAGGCGUGCAAACCUCGCUUCUGCACUCGCUCACUGACCACGACUCGGACCUCAAGUCGGUCAAAGGUCAGGAUCGCGCGCUGCUGGUCAGCCUGGCGGAGGAAGUAGCCAAGCUGUCCGCCCACGCGGGACAACUCAAGAUGGACUACGAGGCUCUACGCCGGGGGCAGGGGAGCCUGGGGCAAGAUCUCAACACGCUGCAAUCGGAGCAGGCACGCCUCAUACAGCUGCUGUCAGACAGUCAGGUAAACAUGGUGAAGGUGGUCAACUCGGUCAGCGACGCUCUCAAUGCCAUGCAGAAGGAGAACGUGGGCCUCAAAGCGCGCACCAAGGCCGACCUCCAGAGGGCGCCGGCCAGGGGCGCCCGCUUCAAAGGCUGCGCCAACGGCUCGCGUCCGCGCGAUUGCGGCGAUUUGUACGCCAGCGGCCAACGAGAGGAUGGUAUCUACUCCGUGUUCCCCGUCCACCACCCCACCGGCUUCCAGGUCUACUGCGACAUGACUACGGACGGAGGCGGCUGGACGGUGAUCCAGCGCAGAGAGGACGGCUCAGUGAGCUUCUUCCGGGCCUGGGAGUCCUACCGAGAGGGAUUCGGGAAAAUCACUGGCGAACACUGGCUCGGGCUGAAGCAGAUCCACGCCCUGUCCAUUCAAGGUAACUACGAGCUGCGUAUUGACUUGGAGGACUUUGAGAACGGAACGGCUUACGCCCAGUACGGCACCUUCGGCGUAGGACUCUUCUCCGUUGACCCCGAUGAUGACGGCUACCCGCUGACAGUUGGAGACUACUCGGGAAACGCAGGCGACUCUCUUCUCAAGCACAACGGCAUGAAGUUCACCACCAAGGACCGCGACAACGACCACUCUGAGAACAACUGCGCCUCCUUCUACCACGGCGCCUGGUGGUACCGCAACUGUCACACGUCCAACCUCAACGGCCAGUACCUGCGCGGCCAGCACACGUCCUACGCCGACGGCAUCGAGUGGUCGGCGUGGACCGGCUGGCAGUACUCGCUCAAGUUCUCCGAGAUGAAGAUACGGCCUACGCGUGACCUGGAGAGCAAAUAAGCCUCCUCGGUUUCGUUUUGUUUCAUUUUUUUCUCCCCCCCCCCCCCCCCCCCCCAAUACAUCCUGAUGUCUCUACCCCUUUUCAUUAUUUCUUUUCGGGUUGGAAAAACGGAUAUUUUUAGCCAGCAAGGACAAAACAGGAUGAUGAGAAGGAGGAAAAGAUGAAGGAUCUCAUUCCUGCAACCUGGGCCAUAUAGAGAAGCACGUACAGAUGGUAACCCUGAACUUUAUAUAUGUGUGCGUGUCCAUGCACGUGAUCAUGAACGUGCACGGCACCCCAAACCUUCCCAAAAAAGUUCCUCAAAUUAGUCGGGUGUCUGGACGCUUCUUCUCUUCAACCCUACUAGUCUGAAUUACGUUUUGAUAUAUUUUAAUUAAUGUUUUCCGUUCCUUUUAUGCAAACGAGACAAAAAAAAAAACAGCUUAUAAAUAUAUAUAUAAAUAGAUAUAUAUAUAUAUAGAUAUACACAAAGAAUAAUGUUACAGAGACAAACGGUGCAAUUCAGAUUUGUAUGUCGUUUUCAUUGGUCGAUUGUUUCUAUUUCAUAUGAAGGAGCGCAGUAGGGCCAUGCUAGUAGGAGAAAAUUGUCAUUUUAGGUCGAAAAGUUGUUCUUUUCCCCCCCCAGAAAAGCAAAUUUAUUAAAUGGCAAUCAUUCAUAUUAAUAUUGCAUAUCAUUUUAUUUCAACAGUACUUUCUCUUCUGAGAAAUUACAUGGAAAUGACUAAUUGUAACCCAAAAACAAUAAUAGAAUGCAAAAGUAAAUGACUUAGCUUUUUGUAGUUAUUUAAAAAAUAUAUAUAUUCUAGGUUUUUUUUCCUUCAAGAGGGAAAACAAAGUCUUGAGCUUGCAACAAUAAAGCUAAAGUUGGUGAUUUUAGAAACAAACGUUGAAAGGGAAAAAGAGGAGGGAGGGAGAAAGGACUGGGAACAAAAUAUUUUGAGCUAGAAUAUUGCAUUUAAUUCUUAAGAUUUGUCUUUCUCCUGGUAAAUUACAUGGAAUUGAAAAAAAAAUAAAUCACUGUUACUUAAAGUGCCUGUGACACCAUAAAAAUAAUCCUAAAUAGCAUUAUUAUUGGAAGGAAAAUCAUAUUUUGAGACGAUUCG